AUGACAUUCCAAUCAUCAAGAAUGACAUUGUUAAAUGGUGCUUUCAAAUGUCAAUUGGAUGGUAUGAAGUUUAACAACGAAAAGGAAGCUCUUCAUCAUGUUCAUCAAGCACAUAGAUAUCAAAUCAUUCAUACUGUUUCUUUAUUGGCUUCUGAUAAUGAAUCUGAUUUUAUGGGUAAUUUGUUUACAAAGUUGAUGUAUUCUGAUUUACUUUAUUCGAUUCAUCCAAAAUCAGUUUAUUCAAAUGAGUAUCCAAGUGUCACUGCUCCUUCUUUUCCACCUUUGCAAUCAACUGAUGAAUUGUUGCAACAACAACAGCAAAACACUGUACAGUCGACUGCAAUUGGAAAAAAGAAAAAGAAGAGUAAAUCGAAAAAAGUAAAACUCCUACCAAAGCAAUGCAUCACAAAUGUAUUCCCAAGAGACGAAUUGGCAGAAUUAUCUAGAACAUUAUUUGGUGAAGCAAAUAUAAUCUCUGAGGAUAAUCUUACAUCUAUUAUGAUGAAAGAGGUAAAUGAAUAUAUUGGUAGUCAUACAGGUGAAUCGGAAGAAUCUAGGAUGAAGAGAGAACAAGCAUUGUUUAACGAGACGAUUAAAAUGAUACAGAAAUCAAUGGAACCACCUCCACCUGAACCAACAGAGGAAGAGAUGAACGAAAUACAGGAAGAGUUUAUAGACGAGAUCAUGGAUGAAGUGGUUCAAGAGCUAAGUUCGUUGAUAUCGAAAAAAAUGUUUGCCGAGGAAAAAAAGAAAAAGGAAAAGGAUCGACUCAAAGCGAUCGAAAGAGAAAAGGAAAGAGAAAAGGAGAGACAACGAGAGGAGCAACGGCGACUGGAACGAGAAUUGGAGGAAAGAGAAAGAGAAAAGGUUCGGGAAAAGGAAGUGCAACAAGAAAACAUGUUGAAUGCAAUCGAUUCAGUGGUCGAAGAGUUGUUGGAGGAAUUGAUUUGCGACGAGGUAUUUGAAAUGUUUGAAGAUAAUGAUUACAUGGCUAAAAUACUCGAAGAGCAAAAACAAUUACAACAACAACUAGUUCAACCAAAACAACCACCAUCUCAUACCAAAAAAGAUCAUCAUCAUCAUCAACAACAAAAAGAUCAUCACCAUCAACAAAAUGGAAAACAUUCAAAGCAACAACAACAACAGCAGAUUCAAAGUUCUGCAAAGCUUGGUGUUAAAACUUCAACCUAUACAGAGCCUCUACCAACAACAACAACGGUUACUCCGAUUACAGCAGCUCAAGAGACAGUUCAACCAACUGUCAGCCAACCACCUGCUGCAGUCGCAGCUGCAGCCACUGCGCCAGUUACCAAACCAUUUGUUAAAUCUGGUUUGUUGACUGAAGAAGAGAUGAACAAUCAAUUGACUGGAAAACAACAACAACAACAACAACCAAUUGGAGUAGCACCCCCAAUAUCAAAUAUAAUUGCUGCUUCUGAUAAUACACCCAAACUAUCAACACCACCAAUCACUUCUGGCAUUUCAUACGCACAAAUAUCACAAGGAAUACUCAACAAGGCAACAUCACCUCCACCUCAACCGUUAUCGUCCAUGGCAGCACUAAAUGCAUCGACUCCAUUGCAACCAAAUGCCCAGCCAUUCUUUCCCAAAAAUAUGCAGCCAAAGAUGGUUGCAAACUCGAUACAUCAAGUCAACGUACCAUCUCCCAGUUCAUCACCUGCCCUUCCUCCCCACAUCAAUAACAACAUCAACAACAACAAUCAUAUAUUGGGUGUUGGAUUAAAGGGUGGACCACUCAACAACAACAAUGGUUAUCCAUCAGUUAUUUCGUCACUAUCACCAGGACCUAUACAACAAUCACAAUCUCCACCACCUUUAAUCCAAAUACUUCACCAAACACCUUCACCACCACUACUACAGUCACAAAGCAACUCUGAUCUGCUAUCAAGUAACUUUAUCAAUUACAUACAGUCUUUUAACUACAAGAUUGAGUUGACUGUACUUUGUAGGACCGCUCUAAAGGGGGUUUUGGAUUUAAUGACCGUGUUUAAUGGUGCAAGACUAGCAUACAAUGAAUCAUUUAUUCCAAAGAUCCAAUUGUUUAGUGGAGGAGGUUCGUACGACAAGGAGAAUAUCUAUCUUGUGCAAUUUGAAACAUUUGACGACAUGGACAAGGCAUUGGCUACCUACAACAGUCCUCUAUCACCUGUUGUCUUGACACCAGUGUCUGGACGUACCAUCAACCACCAUGCCCCUCAAUCGAUAUUUAAUUCACAACCACCCAUCAACCAUAACAUGGUCGGAGGUAUAUCAUCAUUUAUGGAAACAUCGACACCUACUCUAAGGGAACAUGGAUUAUUUGAUUCAUUCUCAUCGUCUAGUGUGGUCAAUCUCUCUUCACUAGGUGGAAGUGGAGGUAUUAUUCGAUCUCCUUCACCACCCAAUAGAAACCUAAUGUCUCCAAACAAUGCUCCAUUGAAUACAAGCGGAGGAGGAUUGUCAUCUAUUCUAUCACCAAACCAACCAACAACAUCUACCCUUUCACAAAUGCUCAACACUGAAUUGGAUGAAUUGAUUCCAAAGGAUGAUUAUAUUCGUACCACUACAUCAUCACCAAGUAAUAGUGGUGGUAGUAGAUUCUAUAACCCUAGUAGUAAUAGUAACGGAGUUAACGCCAAUGUACCUGGAAGCAGUAGUAAUAAUAUUUUAUUUCAAUUACAACAGCAGCAACAACAACAGCAACAACAGCAGCAACAGCAGCAACAACAGCAACAGGAACAACAACAAAAGCAAUUACAACAGUUACUAUCACAAAACACUCUUGUUGGAAGUGGUGUAGGAGUAGGAGGUUUAUCAUCAUUCAAUAUGACUAGCAACAAUAAUAAUGGUAAUAAUAAUAUUAAUAAUAAUAACUUAUAUAAUCAUCAAUCAAGUUCGACAAUAUCAUUAUUACAAACACUUCAACAGCAACAGCAACAACAACAACAGUAUGAUUUAGGAGGUUUGAAUAGUGGAAUGAUGAAUCUAGGAAUGGAUACAUCAAUGAAUCUGCCUGGUUUGAAUUUGGGAGGACUCGGAAAUCAUCUUGGAAACAACAACAGCAAUAUUCUUGGAACUGGUUCAUCUCUAUUUGGAUUUUCUUCGGAUCUAUCAAAUAACAAUGUUUCUAACCUUGGAUUACCAAAUUUAUCCCCAUCUCUCAAUCCUUCCUUAUUCAUGCAAUCAAUGAACAAUACGAUGAACAAUACAAUGAACAAUAACCAACAACAACAACAACUACAACAAUUAAUACUACAACAACAAAUGUUACAACAACAACAGCAAAAAUUCAAUAAAUGA